AGCCAUAUAGCUAUCAGCAGUCAUGCUAAAGACACUUUCGCGCGUAAGCUCCAACAGGUUGGUCGCUUGUCCGCCUUCUUUGCUGGGGCAAAUUUUGCUGCCACUUCCCAGUGUGAUGAAGAGGCCCGCCUCUGCGCUAACAGGAUCACCUGGCAAGAAUCUCAACUCGGCGUAUCCGCACUUCAAGAAUGCCGGGGAAUUGUAUUCGCACAUUCGCAGCAUCACAGCUGAAGCUGGAGACUACACAGUGCGCAACUUUGUGGGUGUCAUUGAGGAUAUCUCAGUGAAGAGUUCUGUGGUUGAGACCGAGCUAUUUCCUCUAGGAGCGCUUGAAUUCUACACAAAGAAAAAUAUGGGUUGGGAAUACACGCAAGAGGAGUACGACCAGUGGUUCAUGCCAGAGCGGGGAGGUGAUCAGGGCGACUACCGCGAUGGAAUGCAGGAGAAGAUUGCCAAUGUAAUCGCGUGUCUCAAAGCUGAGCCAAGGUCGAAGCGAGCGAUCAUUCCAAUUCCAUUUCCUUCGGAAGGUAGCAAGACGGUUGAUUGGACCAACCAGGGGCAGACGAAGUGCUGUAGAGAGCUUCAUUUGUACAUUGAGGACGGCUGCUUGAAGUGCACCGGGAUUCUCAGAAUGCAAAAUGCGAGCAUUUUCCCGAAGAACAUCCACUUUUUUGCCACCUUGCUGGAACAUGUGGGCCAGCAGCUCCAGGUGCCCGUUGGCGAGUAUACGCAUUGGAUUACCAACCUCUGUCACGACCGGUCUGCGAUCAGUUGCUGAGACGCGGAUCCAGGUCCAUGACAUGACGUGGACAGAGCCGAAUCUCCAGACACGGACGACGACGCACUCGGAGAAGUGGCCAAUGGGGAAGGUCCUGGUGCUACUUCGCCUUUGAGAAGACAAACAAAAGCAGCAAAAGAAGCAGCAGGAACAAAUUGAAUUGAACGUUUUUGUAUUGGUAAGCGCCUUGCAUGCAUUUUCCUAUGCCUUUCCUCAUGUUGCAUGACUGAUGCCUCGGCUUCGAUUCUGUGGCAAUGGCCUACUUCUACAG